AUGAUACAGCAUGAGGUGGAUCGAAACCAGGAUCUUCUGGGGCGAUUAAAAAAGUUUCAGGAGAGAGAGACGGAGGCAGCUAAGAACCUGUCGGAGCAGGUGGAGGCCAACAGAGCUCUCCGUAAAAACAUGGAGGGCCUGAACAGGAAACUGGAGGAACGAGACACUCGACUGAACACUGCCAAUCAGACCAUCAGUUAUUUGAAGGAUGAGAUCAGAGAGCUGACGCAAAGGAUUCAAAACCAAGACUCAACAACUUCUUCUCAAACCCUGGAAAACCAGGAGCUGCAGGAACAGUUAGAUUUACAACACAGGAAGCAUCAGGAAGUCUCUCAGCUUUGCCAAAGUCUCCAAGCCGCGCAGUCCUCCUGCUCAGAGCACAUUGUCAAGAUUAAGGUAUUGGAACGUCGGGAUGGAAGGAACAUAAGGAAGGCAGAAAUGGGAGGAAGAAAAGGUGGAGAUUGA